AUGACAACCAAGGACGAUGACCUGCAGUAUGACAUAACCCAACCUGGAACUGAAUCGAGUGGUAGUAAAGACUUUGCAGCCACAGUGUCUUUUGAUGAAGAUCUGCCGGACAAAAAUGUGAAGGAACUCGUGAGCAAAGAACCAAUAACGGCGUUCAUUGAUGAUGUUGAAUUAAAUGCAUUGUCACAGCUCAGAGAAAAUAGUGAACAGAAUACAGUGACAGAUAGCGAAAAUGUUACACCAGAAUCAAUGACGAUGUCUAGUAUUCUAGCAGCUACACCAAUGGAUGAUCUUAGUUCACCAGCACAUAUUCUAGACGAACAGCCUGAAAAGGUUGUUUUGUCCAACACCGAUGGUUUGAGCAGAUACCUACAAGGAAAGCAGAUGGAUGUCGUAACGGCAAAGAAGAGUGUUGAUGGCGUGAUCAAAACACUAAGUGAAUGUCGUACCCAGGAAAAUUUUGAUCUCUUGUGGUCGCGCGCUGAAAUCAUGGCAGACAAAAUCAAGGAACAAAUUGAGGGUACUGAUUUCAAUUUCAAAGAUGCAAAGGUACCAAGACUCAAACAGCCAUCACGCCGGCUGCAGACACUUGUCGGCGAAAUGCCUGAAGUGAAUGCAGAAGUGGAGUACCGAACAGUGGAAGACCACUAUCGUAUCACAUGUUACUACCUAAGCAUUGACAGGAUUGUCGCGGAGAUGAAAUAUAGAUUUGAAGGUAAUGAUCAAGAGGUGCUAUUGGCACUUGCAGACAUAGUCUUCAGCAGCUCUCCGACCAUGAAGAAUAUUGAGUUGGUAUCAGACUUCUAUAGUAUCGACAGUGAGCUUCUUGGCAGUGAGAAAAACGUCUAUGAGAAUAUUGAUGCUGAUAACCCUGAUCCUGAAAGAAAAAACGCCGCUGAAAUUGUGAGGAAAAUGUUUGAAAAUGGUGUUCAUGAAGUUCUUCCUGUUGCUUACAAAGUAUUUUCGAUUCUGGCCACGAUCCCUGCAACAUCCUGCUCUGCUGAGAGAUCUUUUAGCGCUCUUCGCCGCUUGAAAACCUAUCUUCGAAGUACAAUGGGGCAAAAACGCUUAAACAGCAUUGCCCUUAUCAAUAUUGAGAGAGCUUAUGCAAAUAGUACUUUAAAGAACGAUAUGGAAAAGAUAAUUGACAUUUUUGGACAGCGACGUAAUCGUAAAUCAUAUUUCUUCUAG